AAAUCGUCUGAAAUCAUUCAUUACCGUUACAAUAAAUAAACUAUUCGCAUUACGUCAGUUUCGACGUGCGACGUCUGUCCAGAGGAGUAAGUGGGGAUCGACGAUCAAGACUUUUUGAAAGGAGAAACAGGAAAUCGUACGUCAUGCGGAUCAAGGACGUUCUCGCUCCAGUCGGCAUCCACCCUGGAUUGAAUAACAACGAAAUCGAUCGUGCAAGUAACGAGAUCCCAUCGACAUCUGAUCAAAUCGAGAACUUCAACAACACCUCGACAAAACCUGGUCGAUACGACGAGAACUUCGAUAUCCAGGAGUUCCGGAUUGCUGAGGACACGACAACCUGGUCGUCGGUGGCAGUGGCACGUACAAACGUCAACGUUAAUUCCAAACAUCUCAAUAGCAUAAUAAAUAACAACAAUUUGUCGGUGUCGAGAUUAUCAUUGAGCAGUUCAGCCGAGAGUUUAUCGGAUUACGAGGCGCACGAGUUGUCUGGCGGUUCAGACUGUUCAGAUAAUUCUGAAGAGGGUAGUGUGCCUGGUUCGUGUCGGGGAAUUAUAAAUCCGAAUUAUCCAGGCUUCCAGCACUUGGCCCCCUCAUUUCUAUCAAUUUUCGGUGGUGAGGAACAGCCACCAGAGACUCGUCGCUCAUCCCCUCGAUGUGACGACCUCAAUUUUUCCAAUCAAGUCCAGAAUAAUAAUCAGGAUCACUCUGGAGACAGUGUUAAUCGAUUGGACGGACGCAAAUCGGAGCACAAGUUCUUCUACGAAAAACCUAAAUUGAAUAUUCAGACCGUAACUUCAUAUUAUGAAGGCGUCGUAUCCCCUUCGGAAAAGUGUCUCAAUUAUGUAAAAAGCAUUGAAGAGACACACACAGAGACAUCCACGUGCGAAAAUAACGAGUCCAUACCGAGUGAAGAGCAUCACACACACUGGAACAAUAUCCCAGUGGAGAUUGAGUUUGCCGAGUUACAAUCUAGCUCCACCGAGCGACCGCAAUUUGCACAAAUUGAGGAAAUACCCCCUGAGAGCGCAGGCAAAAAUCCAGAGCAAGACAGUGAGACGGAGGAGCCGUCGAUCGAGCUCCCCGAGGUGAUUCCCGAGGUGACGGAAAUACCAGUGGAGACAAAAACUGAGGAUUCUGAGACUAAUACAGACUCUGAGGGAUUGUCCGAGGAGCAGUUGCCGUAUAAAAAACUGGAGGAGAUUGAUCUGCUGUCGAGCAUUGGUCGGGACAUUGGUGUCGACCUGGAAAAGUACGUGCAACCAGUGCCUGACGUGGUGGCUAUGGAGGCAGAGGUUCACUCGAGACCACUUCCUGGUUUGGUAAAGGACACCCUGAGGGAGGACACCAACAAGCUGGUGGAUCUCACUCAAGAUUCCGAUCUCAGUGUCGACUCUCGGAAGAAGGAGAAGAUGGUGAGGAAUCAGGCAAGACGACGUCAACAGGGACAUGGACCUCAACGACACGGUGGGAGGACUGAUAAGAGGAGGUUGGAGCACGUGGAGAGGGCUGGUGGGUUUGAUGUUUACAACAUUGAAACAGCGAUGCCGAAAAUUGAUCUCGACGCCAUAGAAUCGCAUUUGCGAGCAGCGAGGGAGGAAGAGCGUCGACGACGGAAUGAUCGAGAGGAAAUCCGAAGGCGUCUUGCCAUGGGACCGGAUGCAGACGAUAUUCGAUUGGAACGCGGACGAAAGCCAAGUCUACAAUCACGCCUACAGAGUGGGAUGAAUCUGCAGAUUUGCUUCAUGAAUGAAACACCGUCUGACACAGAGUCACCGAAUUCAGAUUCUGAUUCACCGCUGAAUGUCAAACACAGUCAGGGGAGUAAUGGUUAUGGGGCAAGUGGAGCUGCCAGGCCCCAGGUCCUAAGUCUUCCUCCUUUGAGGCUUGAGACGGAUAUGUCCAGUGCACCUCUUGAUGAGGCGGAUUUCUUCGCACGACAGGCUAGACUCCAGACCGAGGCGAGAAUGGCACUGGCACAGGCCAAGGAAAUGGCACAUAUGCAGAUGGAGGUGGAGAGACAGAGACUGAAGCAGAGCCCCAUUACUGAGAUGGUUCGGUGUAGCCUGGAGAAGGUUGGGGUGCAAUUAGGAGAGACCAGACGAAGAUUAUCUCGAACACUCCUCACAGAAUUGAAUGUGGCUCAGCUCCAGGUGAUAGCAAACGAUCUUCACGCCAGAAUUGCUGUCUUAAAUGAGGCACUGGUGGAGGGUCUCCUGAGGCGAGAUGAUCUCCACAUGGAGCAGGACUCGAUGCUAGUUGACGUUGAGGACCUGACCAGAUACUUGGGAGCCAAGCAGGAGAGCUUGAAGAAACGAAUGGGUGUGAAGGAGCCAGUGAAGAAUCUGGGGAAUCAGAUGAGACAGUUUGUGCCAUCGAUGAGGACGAGAUUCAGUCAUCGGGCGCUCGUGAAUUUUGUGAGGAAGUAAAUCAUGCCAGGGUAAUGCGGCAAUUCAUCAGCACCGUGUUGAAGACAUCUUCCCAUCCGUAUUAAAUCACAGUGGAAAAUUAUUGAAAUUCAAAAACGUUAUUGGAAUGGAUUUUUACAGCUUUCUCAACAAUUUUACUGGCGAUCUAGAGCUUAGAAACGAGGAAUGUAUUUCUCAUUGUAUCUUACGAUUUAUGAAGUGAUGAAUCGUUAAACGUAAUGUUUUAUUCCCCCCAUGGCCGUGCAUGUGUCUUUUAAAUUAUUCGCCUCUUAAAACAUACGAAAUUCAUCAAUGAUAAUCAUUGAAUUUUUAGUGAAGGUAGAUUUUCGAUGGUGUAUAUAAUUAUACGAGUUAUCUCAAAAUGAAAUUAAUACGUAAUCCAUUUUCGCGUGAAAUUUUCAUCACCAAUUAAUGAGAGUACAGUGAGGUCCUAGUCGCAUUAAUAAUGUAGAGAAGCAUUUUUCUUUUUUUCUUGGGGUAAUAUUGAAUCUCUAGCCAUUAACGAACAAACGACAAUUUCCAAUACACAUAAAACAAUUGCUAAUUAUAAAUGAUAAAAAUUUGCAUAUUAUCUACAAAAUAGUUUUAAUCGUAAUAAUAAUUGAUAUUAUACAGAUUGUAAAUAACUAAACAAUAAAAUAUGGUGUAACAAG